UCUUUCCCCUCCUGCGAGCUCAAUCACGCCACGUUUGACUUGGUCUGCAGGGCUGAGCUCUGUCUGAGAGCAAAGAGAAGAGGAGUGGAAGAAAGAAACGAAAAAAAAUUGUUGAAGUUGUGUUUAAUUCUCGGGUGACUUCCACAGGCGUGGAUUCGAGCAGCAUGCCGGACUGAGAGACAUGGCUUCGGCCGUGUUCGAGGGCACGUCGCUGGUCAACAUGUUCGUGCGGGACUGCUGGGUCAACGGAGUCCGGAGACUCGUCAUCAGCCGGCGGGGAGAAGAGGAGGACUUCUUCGAGAUCAGGACCGAGUGGUCGGACAGGAAUGUCCUCUACUUGCACCGCAGCUACUCGGACUUGGCUCGCUUGUUUCAACGUCUCAGCGAGUCCUUCCCCGAGGACAGGCGAGACUUGUCCACAAGUCCACUGACUGAAGGCUUGGUGAAAAUCAAGGAAGCAAACGACAUCGAGGAGAAAUUAAACGAGGUGGAGAGACUGCUGAAGAACGCCAUCAACAUGCCCUGCAAGUUUUCCCGGUCAGAGGUCAUGCUGACGUUCUUCGAGAGGUCGCCUCUGGACCAGGUGCUGCGCAACGACAAGGUGCAUAGAAUCCAGCCAUGCUUCCAAAGUCCGGUCAAGAUAUCGGAGAUCAUGCGCUCAAACGGCUUCUGUCUGGCCAAUACUGAAACAAUCGUGUUUGAUCACAAACUCCCGGAAGAGAAGGAGAGACCUUCUUCCACAGACUCUGUGGAGCACAUGUACGAGGACGGACACGAAUUCUUGCCGAUGGAAGUGUGCGAUGAGGAGGCGUACGUCACCAACCUGUCCUACUACCACCUGGUCCCCUUUGAGACGGACAUCUUGGAAUGAGGAGGAAGACACGGUGCUGAGAUGCUCUGCUGUGAUGCUGCUGCUCUUUUGAAGAAGAAGAACCACUUUUUGUCGUGGCGCCUGCACCAUGCUUCUGGAAGGAUUUUUUUUUUUUAUCAGUAGUUCGCCAUAAGAGAUGAGCUAAUCCUAUCAAAACGUGGAUUUCUACAAACUGCUUUUUCUCCGCUCUAAUCGUCCGCCAUCUUUGUGUCUUGUGCUAUUUUGGCGCUUAAUGCAACCUCUUAACUGGAUUUGUGUUGCAGAUUUUAAACAAAGCAAUGGAUUAUUUCAAAGUGGAAGUGGUAAACUAACUUAUUUGUCCCGGUGUGCCUCCUGGAUCCGUCCGGCGCCCCUUUUAAAAUCUAAUUUGAAAAAAAAGAACUAUUUUUGGGGAGUUUUACUUCUCUGCUUGUAUUGUUAUGAUAAUUCACUUCUAAUGCGUUGUAUGAGUCCUCCCGUUGUACCCUGCAGCAAAAUUUUAAACUUGUGUUGUUUGUGACCAAACUCCCUUUUGCCACUCAAAUGAAUGCAGAAGACACAAUGAGGGCCCAUGACAGCUUACGUCCAGUAUUCUGCACCCCCCCUCCAAAUACCAAGGCGUUCAUGCCUCACAAACUUGGCCCACAAGGCCUCGGCAUGAGUCUGUUUAGUAACACGGUCAUGAUCACUAUUCCCCGCUGAGAAAGGACUCUUAGUUCUCAGUGCACUCAGAAGUUUUCGGUUUUGUCACUUUCCUUUGAGGACUGUGAGUUAUUGGUUCAAGGAUUCAAUGAACUUCAAAUAAAUAGAAAUAUAAUAAAUAAGAAGAACCUAAAGAGAAAAAAAUAUAUAAUUUAAUUAUAUCGUAGUUAAAAACUAUAGGUAAUUUUUAUAUUUAUUAUAUUUAUAUAUAUAUAAUAAAUAUAAUGUUAUAAUUGUUUAAAAAAUGCAAUAGAAUUUUUUUUUUUAAUUUGUUGUCCAUGAACCUUCCUCCUUGAACCAGGUUUCAACACAUUGUUUGAAUUAAUGCAACAAAUGGUCACCAAACCUUUUGAAUAUUUCAAAAAAUUAAUAAUUACAAGCAUAGCACAUGAUUACAAAAUAAUAUGACUUCAUUCUCUAUAGAUAUAUAUUUUUUCCUCAUGUGAAUAACAUUGUAGAACCCAAUUAAUUAUGACUGGGCGCCACGAUGUUCAUGUUGUUGUUGUUGUUCAACAAUUUUGACAGUAUUAACUGUAAAAUAUAUUUUGAGCAUCUUAAAAACAAAUAUGUUUGUAAUAAAACGAAUGUUAAUUUA